UUAAUUAAAACUUUGAGUUUGUCAGAUAAAAGUAAAUAUUGUAUCAUCCUUUUACAGGAAGGUGAAUUCCCUGGGCUUAUUCCUCUAAUAAACAGCUACUUGAGUAACAUGGACGUAGAUGCAGACACACACUGUACAAUUCAACAGUACCUCAAGUUUAUACAACGAAGAGCAUCAGGAGAAAUACUAACCACUGCUUCUUGGAUAAGGAAGUUUGUGAUGGAACAUCCAGAUUAUAAGCAAGAUUCUAUAGUAUCGGAGAAAAUCAACUAUGACUUAUUGAAGACUCUAGAAGAUAUUCAGAGCGGUGAAAAAUACUGCCCAUUACUUCUGGGACAGAGCACUAUGUCUAAAACAAAAGAAACUGUACCUUCGGCCUUGAAGGAAGGAUGUUAAUAAUCAAUCAGUUAAAUUGUCUUGUGCAGUUGGAGUAGACAAUUUCAAGUUUUCGAGUCAGUUUUAUUCUUUUUAAUUAGAAAAAUAUAUAAUUGACAAUACAAAAACAGGGUGAAUGAAAAUAAACGGAGGACAAAGAAAAAAUUAUUGAAGUUUGCAUUUGAAAUUGCAAUAUCAACUGACAUUCUACAUCCUAAAAAUAAUUGAAAUUAAUUAAAUUAGUUUGAGUUAUGAAUGAAUGUUUUCCCGAUAUUUUGGGCGUAAAUGGUUCAUAAUUUCAACAUUUUGUCAGAUAUCUUUGAAUUUUCCUAUCAAUAUUGGUUUUAAAGGUUCUUUUGGACAAUAUUUUUUUAAGUUAAUGUUAUAACUGUCAGGGGUAACUUAACGUUAGUCAGUAUUUUAAAAUAACGGGG